AUGUCCGUCGCGGAAACAGUGACCCGAAAUCAGGCAACAUCGCAGCAGCGGUGUCUCCAGGUGGCAAAUCAGCAAACAAACCCGCUGGCAGAAUUUCCCGAGUUCCUUUGCUUCAAAUCUUCCCACCCGGAUGGAACCGUUCUGCAGCUGAAGCUCCAAUGCAAGCGAAAGGCCGACAUGGAUCCAAAACUGCUCAAGUGGGCGUUCAAGCUUGCCGAACGCAACGUAGGACCACAGUACCGAGCCUGCAGUUUAGGCUGGCAGCCAAAGAUAAAGCAAGCGGAUUUGAACAAACCAUGGGCACGGUAUUUGGUAGCGACCGACCAGACCACCAAGAAACCAGCCGCCUACACAAUGUUUCGCUUCGAUCUGGACUAUGGCCGUAGCGUGCUCUACUGCUACGAGCUACAGGUGGAGGCCGAAUUCCAACGCAAAGGGCUGGGCGCAUUUAUGAUGAAGGCGCUUGAACAGAUGGCAAAACACUUUUCGAUGGAGCGCGUUGUGCUGACGGUGCUGAAAAACAACGAGGAUGGCAUGCGCUUCUAUCGACGGUUGGGUUACGAAGUCGAUGAUAUGUCCCCGGACAAGGAGGAAAAGGCAGCGUACGAGAUAAUGAGCAAAGCGAUGUUUUAAUU